UGAUUUGGAUAUGUGUGUAUAUACAUGCAGUAUACACGGUAAACCUCUCUUCGUCGUUCACAGAUGUGUAUAGGCAAUGUAUUCCGUGCAUUUGGCGUGUGUGAGAGAUGAGUGCGUACAGUAACUACUGUAUGUACAAGCAAAGCAAGCAACCAACUAACAGAGAGUUACAACAGCGAGAAAAGAAACACACAAAAAACAACAACAACAACAACAACAGCAGCAAUACAUAGAGUGAGCGAGAAGAGACAACGACUCAAAUGCUCGAUCGAACGAAGAAAUGAAAGAAAAAAAUGAAACGAGAUGGCAAUAUAGUGAAACGCCAUAUUAUAAUUCUCCUGUGUGUGCCCGAUUUAUUUGACAGAGUGAAAAGCAACAUGAAACGACACAAUUUGUUAUUUUUUUACUGUCGUUGUUUUAAUUUUUGUUCAAUAUACACACAAAUCCGUGGAGGAAAUAAUUAAAUUUUAUUUGCAUUGAAUUAUUGGAAUGAGUUGAAGCUUUAAAUCAACGUGUAGCUCUCCCAUAUUUAAUAAACAGUUUUUUUUAUCAGUUAAAAAAAGGCGACGAACCAAAAGAGCAAAAAACCAGAAAUCAACAAGAUAACAAAAUCAGCGGCAAAGUGAAACUGUUGAAAGGAGCUUCGAAGCGAACAGAAACCGCAGAAAUACAAGACACAGCAACAAAAUAUUUAAAAAAAAAAGCAACAACAUUACGUUAAAAGACAGGAGAAUACAUUUAAAGAAAAAAAAGAGUAAAGAGUGAAACGACAGAAAGAAAGGCGAAGAAAAAAAAAUCAUCAUCAUCAUCAUCAGCAUCGGGAGCAAUAAUAGUAAUAUUAAAUGUGGAAAAAAGCAACAAUAACAACAUUUUCGGUACAUCGGUAGACAUUUUUCAGCGAUAUUCGUGUCACAUACUUAGCAGAGAGACAGAGAGCGAGUAGAGGCUUUUUCUUUCAAAGUACGAAAAGAAUCGCGCCGCUUUACGAGAAAGAAAAAACCGAAAUAAUAUACCCAAGCACAUAUACACUCAUGUGAGAAACAUAAAAAAAACUCUCUCGCAUCAGCAGCAGUAGACGACAACGACAACGACAUAAGACGACACAUUCAGAGCGUGCGGAUUACUGUCAUUGUAUGGGUGUAAUAUGUAAUUUACUGAAGCAAACACAACCGAUCGCUACUCGAAACAUCACACACACAAACACGCACGCAUACAUAUUCAACUCUCUUUUUUGCUCGCUCGCUCCCGCAGGCAACGAGACAAGCAUACGAGAGAACACACAUACGCAUACAUACGCGUUACUCGCUCACUUACUUCGCCAAACCAUAAAUGUCUACAUAUUGGGUUUACACACAAGGGCAACUAUGUUUUAUAUAAAGGUUGGCAGUGGCAGUGGCAGCAGCAGCAGGAGCAGCAACUCCACCACCACCACCACUGAAGACUUCAUCUAUACAAAACCAUCGACGGAUCCGUCACAUUGAUAUAGUUGUGCAUCGUGAAACGAGAAAGAAAGAAACAACACACACUCAUACGCAAACGACAAACGACAAGAGUAUAUAUACGAUAUAUACGAUAUUCGAGAGAAAGAGAAAAAAAAUUCAUUUUUUGCCGUGUUUUGUUCAAAUAUUCAGUGAUGUGAUGUGUUUUAAGAAGUUUUUUUUGUUUUAUUUUUUCGGUUCGUUUUCGUUUUUCGGGUUACAAUACUUUUUUUUCCUUUCGUUGAUUCGACCGUUGACUGAUUGAGAACCACAAUAUUUAAAUUUUAUUCGACCUAAAUCACGAAAAUUGUGCUCGAAAGGAAUAACGCAGAGAGUGAGUGAAAAAAAACAACAAAUCUUGACAAAUUUUAUGUGUGAAUUUCAAACCAAUCAAAUUAAUUGUCAGUGAAGAUAAAAUCAAACUGUGUUCACGUGCACUCUCUCGGCCACCCCAAAUAAGAAAAAAAAAAAACAAUUCCAAAUCGAAUGAAUAAUAACACGGCAAAUUUAUGAGAGGAAAAAUAAACAAACACUGAUCACAACAGUGAAGACAAUUUAUUCUCGUAGUGGGACUAAAAACAUACACACACAAAAACACUGAUCUUUGACUUUGUUCGCAAAUGAAAUGUUUUCUUUUCGCUGCUGCUAAAUAAAUGAACUAUUAUGUGUAAUUUGGUGUUGGUUACGGCCAGUUGUUAAGCUGGAUCAUCAAACGAUCGACAAAACAAACGAGAGAAAAAAAAGAUAACAAAGUGGCACACAGUAAAUCAAUCGAUUAAUAAUUUAAAUUAGUUCAUUUAAUAAGAAGAUAAUCAAAGUGGAAUGGCCACCAGCACAACAACGAGCACCACCACUGCGGUGACGACUAGAGACAUGGUACAAUCCAGAUUGUAUUUAUCGAUGCCAAGAAUACCACCAAAAGUCUAUCUGGAAACAGUUAAUCCGCACAUAACAUGUAAUUUAUGUAAAGGCUAUCUGAUUGAUGCAACGACAAUUGUGGAAUGUUUACAUUCAUUUUGUCACAGUUGCAUCAUGAUGCAUUUAAGACACGAAACUUAUUGUCCGAGCUGUGAAAUGUUGAUCAACAAAGUCAAAGUAAAUAUUAAACCUGAUGCAACGUUACAAGCGAUUGUCUAUAAACUGGUGCCUGGACUAUAUGAGAAGGAGCUACUGAGGCGACGUGCAUUCUAUAAAAUUAGAACGAAAGAAGCAUUAGAAGCAACACCUGAACAGCGUGGUGACGAUACGGAACAUUUGAUAUUCGGACCCAACGAAAGCAUAUCACUGAUGCUCGAGUAUUCGGACAAUGACUCGGCGCCACAGAAUAGUGACGACGAAAACAGUAAUUCCAGUCAUGAAAUCAACUCAAGCGAUCACUGUGAUCAGGAUGAUUUCGAAGUGCAGCUGAGAAAACCAAAAUACUUGCAGUGCCCGGCGAUAUUCACCAUUUCAAAUUUGAAAAAGUUUCUUUUGCAUAAAUUUAGCAUCAAUCCAAAUAAAUUUUGCGUGGAGAUUAUGUACAAAGUGAAACCGCUUUUAUUACCUGACCAUUAUACACUGAUGGACGUUGCAUAUAUAUUUACAUGGAAAAGGGAUGCACCAAUGAAAUUCCUUUACUGUGUGCGAGCAGCUCAUUCGCCGGUUGCAAAUAUUGAACAGAGCGCUGUGAUGUAUGAUUUACCACCAAAUCAUUUCCAAACCAAUUCGCAAUUAGUUUGUGCAUCCGAUUCAACGGAUCAUGAGCAAGAUCAAUCGUCUGAUGCGGACAGUGAGGCGCGAUCAGAGCGCACAAAAGAACCAGAAACCAAUGGAUCAACCAGUCGACAGUCUCAGCAUGGACCAAUCAAUUCCACUUCGGAUGAACCAAGUAGUACUCCUUCAUCAUCGACCACAUCGACAACAAUAAAAACAAUGUCGAGUGCAACGGUGACCAGCACAGUAGCUAGUACUUCUUCUUCAAAAUCGAGCAGUCAGCACACAUCACAGGUGAAUGGUGGCGAGAAUCAGAAGAAAGAAUCGACGACGGCAACAAAAGAGCCGACAGUAUCGAGCCCGACCACAUCAGGUCGCAUGGACAUCACACUUAGAAUUAAAUCAGAACCAACCAGUCCCUCACCCGAAAAACCGCAAUCGGAUAGAAGAAGUAAUGGCGCCAGCCCAAAACCAAACACAUCCAAAUCAAAGACCACAAACGAUGCAAAACCAAGUAGUCCAUCGCGAACGAAUCAGGAUCUGAAAGAUUCAAAGGAAAAAGUGAAAACGAAAUCGAUAAUGUUGGAUAGUUCAGCCACAAAAUCGGGUGACACCACAUCAAAUCGUUCAGAGUCAAAGACGGUAACGUUUUCCGAUCGGCCGUCAUCGUCGUCAUCGUCGGUACGGCCGAGCGUCGAAUCGAAGCCCACGUCGAGUAGCGAACGACCAAAAGGUCGAUUAUUCUUCAACAAAGAGGAAAAGGCAAAGAGCUUAUCACCACCAAUAUCAGCCGAAAAUGAGUAUGAUUUCGAUCAGCAUCUGUUGAAAGAGGAGUUUUCCACGAAAAAAGACUUUUUUGAAAAGAUUCACCUGAAGCCACGCACCGAUUCGCCUUUAGUACAAUUGCCAAAGAUGCCAAAAACCGAACAAAAAUCCGAUACCGCACUCCCAACCACAAAUUUAUCCAAAGACAAAGACACCAAUAAAAUAUCCGUGACGACGACGACGGCGACAACGACGGUGACGGCGACGGCGACGGUGACGGCGACAGCAACGAGUGUUGCAGCAGCGACAACAACAGCCACCUCCGCCAACACAAGUGCGUCGUCAGUGCGGCCGUCCGUGUCAUCGUCGUCAAUAAAUUUUAGUGCCGCAUUCGCUGCUGCCAUUGUCGCCGUCGACGACAAGCAAGCUAAGAAGCCGGAAAAUAAAACAUCAAAACGAAAAAGUAGGGAACCAGUUAAGAAUGUAGCUAAAGUUAAGUGUGCAUCGCCGAAUGAACGAUCGAUCGACACGAAAUGGGAUCCAAGUAAAUCAUCGGUGUUACCAUCAUCACUCGUUUCAACUGUCACACCCUCGAAUGCGACGAGCAGCAGCACCAGCAGCAGCACCAGCAGCAGCACCAGCAGCAGUAGUGGCUCAAGUAACAGUGUCGCCGAUCGCAUUCGAAGGCUUCAAGAUCCUGCGGCAAUGGCUCAACUCUUAGGUCAAUUAGCUCAAACCAAUAAAAAUCACCUAAAGUCAAUUAAAAGUAGUGCAUCGAGUUCAACGACCAAACCUAAUCAACAAGCCUCAUCCUCGACAUCGACUCAACCAAAUUCGUCGUCGUCGUCGUCAUCAUUGUCAUCAUCAUUAUCGAAACCAGUAUUCAAAACCCCAAUAACAAGCAGCUCCAAAGAAUCGUCUACGUCGAUAGGUCUCAAACCAAUCACAUCCGAAUCGGAAACAUCGAUUAUCAUUAACAAUGUUCCACGGCCGACGCAAGCAGACACUCCACGACCGUCGAUGUCGUCAUUUAAACCGAAUCUCGCCGGCGGUCAACCGCCUCCAUUCUUUUUCAAACCACCAUUGAACCGAAGUUUCGGCAGCGAAACAGAAAUUCAAGAAAUUCGCAAUGACGAUGCCAGUAAAUUGGUAUAUGGGCCAACAAUGAGCUUACCAAAACCAUUCGAAUCGAUUCCGAACUUGACCGCACCCGGCCUAUUGGCACUGCAACAUCUCAUGUUUACCGAUCAGUUAUCACAGUUACAAAUGAGCCAAAUGGGUCAAAUUAGCCCAAUUGAUUUCCAGCGUUUAAAUAUGUAUAACAAAACAAACAAGUCGAAAAAGCAGCUCGAUCCAAAACGGCCUAGCGCAUCCGGCGGAAGCAGUAGUGGUGGUAGUUUGGAAACGAAGGCAAAUUCAUUGCAAAAAACAUUUCAUCCGACAUCGCGUUCCAUUAUCGCUGCCGAUGCACAAUGUGAUAGUAAAGCAAAGCAGCAAAAUGUGCCGCAUGGUUUUCGGCUACCGCCAUCUACGCAAAUCUUUGCGACCAAUGAAGAAAACGAACAAUCGUUCAGCCGAUCGUUGUACAAUAAGAAUAGCAACGUGAAAAAUUCCAUUGAAAUCGUUAAGUUGCCGGAUGAAUCGGGUAAUGAAUUGAACUCCAAGUUUCCAUCCGUGGCACCAGCGUUGUCUUCGUCAUCAACGUCACCAUCGCCGUCUUCAUCGUCCGGUGAUAAAUCGUGGCAAUCCAAUAAGAAUGCCAACAAUCAAACAAAACACGUAGCAAAUCAGCAAAAUAAUCAAAUUGAUUCAACAUCGACGAUUGCACAGCUGGCAACCACAUCAUCAAAUUUUCAAGAUUCAUCGUUUCAAGCGAAAUUCAUUGAUUCGUUGAAAACACCACCACAACCGAAGCCGCCGCAAUUAAAUCGAGCCACUUUCAAUGUGGACGACGCGAGCCGAAAUCAAGAAACGCAAAAGCGUAAACUACAGCAGCAGCAGCAGCAACAAAUCGACGAUAUUUGGCCAGUUGCCAAGUCACGGAAACUACAACCAACGGUUUCACAGCAACAACCGUCGCUAACAACUCAACGACCUGUUCCCGGUCUUCUCAUUCCAAAAGAUGAUCGCAAAGUGACAGUGUCAAACAGCAACAGCAGCAGUAGCGGCGGUGGAAACGGUAGUGGCAGCAGUACUCAAGCACAACUGUCAUCGAGCAGCACAAAUCCAUUGGUAAACAACAAGAGUGCACCCGACCGUAAAUCACCAACGGUCCCAUCGAAUGCCGCUCUUACGUUGGCCGCAAAACUACAGCAAGUGGCCAAUGAAAGUGCAACAUCAAAAUAUCAGCCACUUCAAACGUCAACCACACCAAUGUGGGCAAAUCAUUGUACGAUCGAACAUAAAGCCUCACACAAAUCGAUGGCGGAAACGCUAUCGAUGGUCGAGAAAAAGAAUUCCAGUACAUAUGUCGAUUAAUCCGAACGCAAAUGACACGAAUCUGAACAUAGAAAAAAAAAACGUUUUUUACAGCUUCGAUUGGAAAUUAUGCACGUGUGCAACGAUAUUUGAAUCAUCGCAGUGGAAAAAAUGCAUUUGAAAACAACAAAAAAACAGUCCAAAAUCAAUUGUUCCUAUUGAAAAAAAAGAAGAAAAAAUUAAAUAAGAAAACAAAAUUGUGGCUGCGACGCGAAAAUACACAGACAUUGUGUAAAGAAGCCAAUAUCGAAACAAGCGGCAAACACAUCUAAAUUAAAUGAAUCAAAAACAAAAAUCCGAACAGAAGAAAAGGAAAAUUUUGUAUUUAAAAAAAGAAAUGAAAGGUGAAAGAGAAAGAACAUUCGUUCAUUUUUACGGAACAGCGAUCCAUUAAGUUAUUUAGUUAAGUAAUUUAUUAAAUGAAUUUUCUUUUUGAAGCAAAAACAAAAAGAUAACAAGAGAAAAGAAAGUAAAUGUAUUAUGAUCGCGAAUACACACACACACACACUGGAACAGGAAAAGAAAAAAAAUUUAUCCGCAAUGUCCACACGAGCAUUUUUGUUUUAUUAUGAAUGAUGAUGAUUUUUUUUCUUUUAUUGUUUGUUUUACAUAGAAAUAUAUAUUCUUCUCUCUUCGUGUGUAUGUAUCUCUUCAUCUCUCUUUCUAAUUAGAUUUUUUGUGUGUUUGAAUUAUUAUUUUUUUUCGCACAUAAUUUGAAAGAUGUAUGUAUAUAGUCGAUUGAGCCCGUGAAGAGUGUGUGUGUGGCUAAUAAAAUGGACGGAAAUAGGUUUGACACUUUAAAAGGAGACAGAGAACAAAAAUUUCUUAUUCCACAAAUUGAUGAUUUUUUUUUUCGUUUUUUAUUUUGGGACAAAAAAUCAGGAAGAAAAUUUAUGAUGUAUACAUUGUUUUCAAUUUUAAUUUUUAAUUUUUAAAUUUCAACUUGACUGAUCAAUGGCAAAAGAUAGAAUGGGAAAGUAAUUCAUAUUAUUGUACUAUUUGCAAGGAUAUUAAAUUAUAAGUUGAAUUAUCCAA